CCUCCGCCCCAGCGCCCCCCGGCCCCCGGCAGCCCCCAGCUCGCUCCCCAGCCGGGGGCAGGCCCGCUCCCCGGGUCACCAUGUCCGACUCGGAGGAAGAAUGUCAGGACCGGCAGCUCAAAAUCGUCUUGCUGGGUGACGGCACCUCUGGAAAGACCUCCUUAGCUACGCGGUUUGCUCAGGAAGCUUUUGGGAAACAGUACAAACAAACUGUAGGACUGGACUUCUUUUUGAAAAGGAUAACAUUGCCAGGAAACCUUAAUGUUACUCUACAAGUUUGGGAUAUAGGAGGGCAAACAAUAGGCGGCAAGAUGUUGGAUAAAUAUAUCUAUGGAGCACAGGGAGUUCUCUUGGUAUAUGACAUUACAAAUUACCAAAGCUUUGACAAUUUAGAAGACUGGUAUAACAUGGUGAAGAAAGUGAACGAAGAAUCAGAAACACAGCCAUUGGUGGCCUUGGUGGGCAAUAAAAUUGAUUUGGAGCACAUGAGAACAGUAAAACUUGAUAAACACAUCCGAUUUUGCCAAGAAAAUGGCCUCAGUAGCCAUUUUGUGUCAGCAAAGACAGGAGACUCUGUCUUCCUGUGUUUUCAGAGAGUUGCUGCAGAAAUCCUUGGGAUCAAAUUAAACAAGGCAGAAAUGGAACAGUCACAGCAUAUUGUCAGGGCAGAAAUAGUGAAGUAUCCGGAAGAAGAUAAUCAACACCUCAACUCUACACAGAGUAAAAUCUGUUCUUUACAGUAGUUCAGAGGGUGGUGAAGGCAGAUAUUGUAAACUACAAUCAGGAGCCUGUGUCAAAAACUGUUAACCCUCCUAGAAGCUCGAUGUGUACAGUUCAGUGAACACAUUUUUCUUUGUAAUGAUCAAUUUGGCAGGCUGCAUACCUCUUCCAUGGAUGGGCUCAAGGACUGCUAAGAACUUUUGUUUUGACAGUGGCCAUCUCAAUAGCACAAAAAGAAAAAAAACAACAACAAACCACUACAUCAUUUGUGUUGCAAAGCAGUAGGCAAUUUCUUGAAUUGUCAAGGAUUCAGCCUUUGGAUCCCACAGUUUGAAACCAAAUAUCGAGAGUCUAUUCUUUGGAAUACAUUACUUUUUUGUAUGUAAUGAUAUCUAUACUCUUUAAGAAUGUCUACAUCUCUUCUACCAAUGUUAACAUAAAUUAGGUUGCCUACAUUUGAAAACCACCCAAGUCCAAGCAAGGUAUUUUGCCACACUUGUCUGAUUCUGUGGUCUAAACUCUUAUGUAGCAAAGUGAAAUUCAGAUGCUAUUGUCAGAGAAAAACAGUUAAAUGAAUAAUAUAUUUUAUCUAGAAAUGAAUUAGAAGGAAUUCCUUUGGUAUAUAUAGAGUGAUCAAAACUGUACAAAGCUGUAUCUAAUUGAAAAUGCUUAAAAUAAAGCUCUAAUAAUAUUUUUUCAUUCUAAAAAAGGUCUUAAAUUGUUCAUAUUGUAGCUGGAAACUCACUGAGUAGUGAGUAUUUGAUAUUGUAUUUUUCUUACUGUAUCAUGGUCAUCAUGUAUUGUAUAAAACUCAGGUUAGAUUGCUUUAUGAAUUUUGAUCAACAUUUACCAGCUAUAAUGUGAAGUUGCUUUCACAGACUGUUUUCUUAGUUAUGUGAUUAAGAUGAGUUAUGAAGUAUUGCUGGAUCAAUGUGGAUCAGACUAUACCUGAUGUUCAAAUAUUCUUUUUCUCCCUCAAAUAAAUUUAUUUAAAUCA